AUGGCGAACUACCUCGCGCAGUUCCAGACCAUCAAGUCCACCUGCGACCGCAUCGUCAUCGCCGUUGAAGAUGUUAGUGACCUGUGGCUAAAUGUCAAGGAAAGUUUUGAACGACGAGUGCCAGUGAAGAAGGCCUGUCUCAACAACAAGGCAAGGAAUCCUGUUUUCGUUGACAAUCUACCAGCUGAGUUUAUACAAACUACUGAUUCAAGACUACGGAGUCGAUUCCCACAAGAACAAUACUUGUUCUCGUUCCGGGAGCCCUAUGCGACUGUUGUUCUUGUUACUUGUGAGGAUCUUGAUGAAUUCAAGACCAUUCUUAAGCCUCGCCUCAAAUUAAUUGUUCAAAACGAUGAGCGAGAAUGGUUCAUUGUGUUUGUGUCGAAGGCCCAUCCUAGCAAUGAUCAAGCAACUAAGAUGACAAAGAAAGUAUAUGCUAGGCUGGAGGCUGAUUUCAACACCAAAAAGAGAGAAAGAUGCUGCAAGUUUGAUCUCCAUGGAUCAGACAAGGAAUUCUGGGACGAUUUUGACUCUAAAAUGGUGGACUGCAUCAGAAACACUUUGGAUAGGCGGGUUCAGUUUUAUGAAGAGGAAAUACGGAGGUUAAGUGAGCAACGGUUCACUCCAAUAUGGAACUUCUGCAACUUCUUCAUUCUUAAGGAAAGCUUGGCAUUCAUGUUUGAGUUGAGUAAUCUUCAUGAAGAUUCACUCCGUGAAUAUGAUGAACUUGAACUAUGCUAUUCAGAAUCAGUGAACUCUCCAGGGAAACACCGUGAAUUUGGUGGACUAGAUACUGGUGAUGACCAGGCUGUGCUGCUAAAUCCAGGAGCCAAAGCACUUACCCAAAUUGUUCAGGAUGACGUAUUCAGAGAAUUUGAGUUUAGACAAUACAUAUUUGCUUGCCAGGCUAAGUUAUUGUUUAAAUUGUCUCGCUCAAUUGAGGUUGCUGCCAGAGGAUAUGCUUUUGUUGUUGGCUUUUCCAAGACACUAGCCUUGCACGAAUUUAUGAGGCUUGCUUACUUGAUUGGUUAUGGGGUUGAGAUAGAAAAGAGUCCAGUCAACAGUGCAUCUUUAAGCAUGCUACCAUGGCCAAAAGCCAGCUACAUGGCCUUCAAUCCUCCUGAUUCGUCAGCAGAAAUAAUGGAAAAGGAGAAGAUGAUUCUUCAAGUCAAAUCAAGAGAAAAGCUCUUCAGCAUUCACAGGAAACCUCUGCCAUUAGAACCUUCUUUACUUCUACGUGAGGCUAAUAGGCGCAGGGCUUUUCUCUCUGUUGGAAAUCUAUCUGAGCUGUAUGAUUCAUCUGAUGGUUCAGGUUUAGAUGCAAAUUCAAAACUUCCUCCCCACAGAUCUGCUUCUAACUCAAUGACAAGAACAAUGUCAGGUCCAGCAACGUCCGAGACUUCACUGCCAGUUGAUCGUCCCAUGAGAUUGUCAGAAAUUCAUGUUGCAGCUGAGCAUGCACUGAAACAAACGAUAUCAGAUCCUGAUUUUAUGACAUCACUUUCAUCACUAGAAGAAUUUGAGAAAAGAUAUAUGGAGCUUACUAAAGGUGCAGCUGACAAUUACCACCGCUCUUGGUGGAAAAGACAUGGAGUUGUUCUUGAUGGAGAGAUUGCAGCUCUGUUCUUUAAGCAUGGAAAUUAUGACCUGGCUGUGAAAUCCUAUGAGAAAGUUUGCGCUCUCUAUUCUGCAGAAGGCUGGGAAGAGCUGCUGGCAGAUGUUCUUCCUGAUCUUGCAGAAUGCCAGAAGAUUCUUAAUGAUGAAGCUGGUUAUUUGGCUUCUUGUGUAAAGUUACUUUCUCUGGACAGUGGCUUGUUUUCAUCUAAAGAGCGGCAAGCUUUCCAGUCAGAAGUUGUUCAACUUGCUCACAGUGAAAUGAAACAUCUUGUGCCCCUUGAUGUCUCGUCACUAAUUACAUUUGCUGGAAAUGCCGGUCCACCACUAGAAUUAUGUGAUGGAGAUCCUGGUACACUAUCUGUAGCAGUUUGGAGUGGCUUCCCAGAUGACAUCACACUGGAGUCUCUCAGUUUAAGAUUGUCAGCUUCUUCUAGUGCAGAUGAAGGUAUCAAGGCAAUUAAAAGUUCAGAUUCUCAUGUUCUCGUACCAGGUAGAAAUAUCAUCUCUUUUGACAUUCCUCCUCAAAAGCCUGGCUCCUAUGUGUUGGGUGCUCUCACUGGACAGAUUGGCAAACUGUCAUUCAGAUCGCAUGGAUUUUCUCAAGAUGGUCCAGUUGAAACUGAUGAAUUUAUUAGUUUUGAGAAGCCAACAAGACCUGUUUUGAAGGUGAGAAAACCAAGGGCUUUAGUUGAUAUUACACCUGCUGUGUCCUCUGCGUUGCUUAUGAAUGAGCUCCAAUGGAUUGGAUUAAUCGUUAAGUCAAUAGACUAUUCAUUAAAAGGUGGCAUAUUGCAUAUCGAUGCUGGUGCGGAACUUAAAAUUGAGGAGUCUCAGAUGAUUGAAAUAGAAAUUUACGGAAGUGAUAUGGAGUGUGCUAAUUCUGCCAAUGGCUCCAUCGAAGCUGGAAAGGUUGAAAAGAUCCCUAUCGAAAAUGGAAAGAUAAAACUUCCAGAUUGGGCUAGUGAUGUGACUACUCUUGUUUGGUUUCCUGUUCGUGCUAUUGAUGAUACAAUUACCAGAGGAGAAUCCCCAGUGUCUCCUCAGAAACAGAGCGUUGUAGAUGGGAUGAGAAUGAUUGCUCUCAAGCUUGAGUUUGGAGUUUUCCAUAAUCAAGUGUUUGAAAGGACCAUUGCAGUCCAUUUUACUAACCCAUUCCAUGUAAGCACACGUGUCGUGGACAAGUGCAAUGAUGGAGGUCUACUUCUACAGGUGAUAUUGCGUUCUGAAGUGAAGGCCACACUGCAUGUAAAGGAUGUACGGUUAGAUCUUCAAUCUGGAUUUGAGCACUUGGGCAAAGGAGAUGGACGGCCAGCUUUGAGUUUAUUCCCUCUGGUUAUUGCUCCUUCUUCCAAAGCUGGAAUUUUAUUCAUGAUACGGUUAAGUGGUACAAAGGAUGCGGAUGAGGCAGAAAAUGCAGACAGCAUGCUGAAUAUCACUUAUGGGAUAUCUGGUGACAGAACAACUGGAGCACAUUCUCCUAUACCUAUCAAACCUGGUGAUUCUGAAGAGCUUCUGUUCAAGAUCGCACUCAAACUGAAGCGACCUGUCCUGAAUCCGUGUCUGGCAGUUGGAUUCCUUCCAUUUUCUACUGCCUGCCUGAGGGUUGGGCAAUUAGUUAAUAUGAGGUGGAGGGUCGAAAGGCUGAAAACCCCGGAGGAUGCAUCCAUAUCCGUUAACGAAAUACUUUAUCAGGUUGAGGCAAACCCGCAGAACUGGAUGGUUGCUGGGAGGAAAUGUGGUCACGUAUCGUUGUCAAAUGAGCAAGGUUCGAGGAUGGAGAUCACGGUGACAUGUAUGCCACUGGUGUCUGGGUACGUCCACCCACCGCAGCUGGGCCUCCCGGAGGUGGGCGAGGCAAACAUUAGCUGCAAUCCAGCAGGACCUCACCUGGUGUGCGUCCUUCCUCCAGCCCUCAGCACCUCCUACUGUAUACCAGCGGCAUGA